AGGCGGUGUUAAACACUGUUUGUGUCUACUUCUGAAGUGUUUAAGAGUUAAGAGAGGGGGAUUUCUGCUUUAUUUCUGCUUUGUGAUUGAGUUGAGAGUGAAGUCAGAUGAAGAUGUUGUUUAUCAUGAACAUCUCAGUGCUGUUACUGCUGAUCUGUCCAUCCGUCAUCUCUAAAGUUAUCGACUUCAGUGAGUGUAGUCAGUUUUUUUAUCAAGGACAGCCUCCAGUGAUUCCUGGCAUUCUGGAGAAUUCACGAUCCAUGGAUAAUCCAUACAAAACGAUCUGUCAAAAAUAUGAGGGCGAGUACAGAUUUGCGACGCUCUACGACACAACAAACAGGAUUCCAGUUUUCUCUGCUUACAGAUUCACUGGGGGCAAAUUCAAGGCAAAUAUGGAAUGGAUGAUUGAGCCUCAGCUCGAACUCUACCCCAAUGAUGAGAUGACCGUGUCGUAUCCCAGUCAGGCUACAGAUGAAGAUUACAUCGAUAAUAAUGAUAACUUGAGUCGCGGUCACUUGUUUCCCAUCUGUCAUUCAGGUGAUGAAGUCACAGCUAAUUCUACAUUCACACUGACCAACGCUGUGCCACAGAAGAUCAGCUUUAAUAGCGGCAGCUGGAGUGGCAUGGAACAAAAGACUAAAAAACUGAUGGAUAAAUACUGCCGUGAAAGAAAUGACAAAGAUAAAGUUUUGGCCCACGUGUUAACAGGAGCUGUACCUGGUAACAAUAAACUAAACAACCGAGUGAAUAUACCAUCACACAUGUGGAUGAUUUUCUGCUGCUAUAACAGCACCUCCAGUUCAUGGUCCUCAAAAGCUUACUGGGGAGAAAAUGAAGAUGUCAAUGUCAUGAUCAAUGAAAGCAGUUUGGAGGGAUUACAUGAAUUUCUAAGUACAAAAUGGGUGAACGUCACAGAGCUGUUUUACAACAACUGUAAAGAGAGCAAUAAAGACAGAACCGGAAUCAGAAAGAUUUUUAGUUCUACACAGGAACGUAGAUUAUUAUUUAAAGAUUUUUUUUAGGAUUUAGCCUUCAUCCUGCUUUUAACUUGACACAGUUUUAGCAUUUAAAAAUGCUUCCUUGGAAACGCAUUGCAAAUUAUAUUUCAUCUUGUAUGCUUAUAUGUACUGUUAAAGUAUAUCAUAUAUGAAAAACAACAGGUUGAACAUGUCUGUAGCCCAAAGCAUGUAAUAAAUAUGAUUAUGAGUAUACUGCUUUUUC